AUGAAGGAUCCAUUUUUUAUCACUUCACUCUUGAUUCCUGGACCAAGAUCACCAGGAAAUGAAAUCGAUGUUUAUCUUCAACCUUUGAUAGAUGAAUUGAUUGAUCUAUGGGAUAAUGGUGUUGAUACAUAUGAUGCAAAGGCCAAAGAGACUUUCAGAUUGCAUGCAGCAUUGCUAUGGACAAUCAAAGACUUUCCUGCUUAUGGAAACCUCUCCGGGUGGAGUACUAAGGGGAAGAUGGCAUGUCCAUCGUGCAAGGAAGAAACAGAUUCGAUGUGGUUGACAUAUAGCCGAAAGCAUUGUUACAUGGGUCAUCGCCGAUUCUUGCCACCGGGCCACAUCUGGAGAAAGAAAAAGACUAUUUUUAAUGGCAGUGCAGAGCAUCGUGACCCACCUACAAUUUAUUCAGGAGAAGAUGUACUCAUUCAACUCCAAAAUAUUCCUGAUGCAAAUUUUGGCAAAUCCAUAAAGAAAAGAAAGCGUACCACAGAGGAGUUCAAUUGGACCAAGAAAAGUAUCUUCUUUCAAUUGCCAUAUUGGUCAACUAUAAAGAUUAGACAUAAUCUAGAUGUAAUGCACAUUGAGAAGAACAUAUGUGACAACAUCUUAGGAACUUUGAUGAAUAUCUCUGGCAAAACUAAAGAUCAUCCUAAUGCACGUCGUGACCUUUCCACUCUCAAUAUAAGAGAGGAGUUACACCUUAUUCAGGAUGGACAACGCAUUAGUAUGCCACAAGCAUGUUAUACGUUGUAUGGAGCUGAGCGGACUGGUUUUUGUAAUUGGUUGCAUGGUGUGAAAUUCCCGGAUGGCUUCGCUUCAAACAUUGCCAGAUGUGUUAGUGUAAGUGACUGCAAAAUCUCGGGGAUGAAAAGUCAUGAUUGCCAUAUUUUCAUGCAAAGAUUACUUCCUGUUGCAAUUUCUGGAUACUUACGCCAAGAUGUACGGUUGGCACUAACUGAGCUAAGCACUUUCUUCAAAGAAUUGUGUGCUAGAACAUGUAAGAAGGAAGUCUUAGAGCGGCUUCAGACUGAUAUCGUCGUUAUUCUUUGCAAGCUUGAGAUGAUUUUUCCGCCUACCUUUUUCGACAUAAUGGUGCACUUAGCCUAUCACUUGCCACGUGAGGCUCUGCUUGCAGGGCCAGUUCAAUAUAGGUGGAUGUAUCCUUUCGAGAGAUAUCUCGGAAAAUUCAAGAGAUAUGUUAAGAAUAAGGCCUACCCAGAAGGUUCAAUAGCUGAGGCCUAUAUCCAUGUUGAAUGCUUGAAUUUUUGUUCCAUGUACCUCCAUGAUGUUGAAACUAGAUUCAAUCCUCCUGAACGUAACGUCGACGAAGGAGAAGAGGGUGUACGAGAGGGACUAUCUGUUUUUUCCGCAAAGGUGCGACCCAUGGGUUUUGCAUCACGUCACCAAUUAGACGAUGAUGCUUUUAUAAAAGCCAGAUGGUAUGUUCUUAAUAACUGCACAGAGAUUGGAGAAUACCUAAAGUAA